GAGAAAUUUCCUAUAAAAGAGGCGGAAGCUGGAACGUUUCCAGACUCUCCACCCACCGAGCGAGCGAGAGAAGGGCGAGAGUGAUGGCGGCGGUGAGGGCUGGCUUCCGGCGGUUGUUCUCCAUCUCCGCCUUCUCUCCUCCUCCUCCCGCUGCGGCCCGUCCGGCGGCCGAGCCCUCCACCAAUCUCUUCGUCUCCGGGCUUAGCAAGCGUACUACAUCAGAGGGACUUGGGGAAGCUUUUGCAAAGUUUGGUCAAGUAGUCCAUGCAAGGGUUGUGACUGAUCGUGUAUCAGGAUAUUCUAAGGGCUUUGGUUUUGUAAGAUAUGCAACAGUAGAAGAAGCAGAAGAAGGUAUAAAAGGCAUGGAUGGCAAGUUUCUGGAUGGUUGGGUUAUUUUUGCCGAGUAUGCUAGGCCAAGACCGCCCCCACAGGGACAGCCACAGCCUCAAACGCCACCACCACAACCACCUCAGAUGUCGGAGUCUCCAUCUGGCUAUUAGUAGAAGUUUGAAGGCAUUCAAUGAUUUUGAUGUUACGGGAUCAAAACAUGUUUUCAAAUGUUUUAAUAGUGUUGAAUAUGUUCUCUCUCUCGAAUGUACUGAUUAUCAUUUAAUAGGAAGCAGGAUCCAUUAAUGAUGUAACAGGAGUAUGAUGAACGUGUAAAAGACAUACCUAAUUAAUUUUGUUUUGGACUUGCUUCUGUGUGCUAAAAAUUGAACAUGAAGAAUCAACAUAAAACUUUUAAUGUCCGCCAAAGGUAUUCUAUGUUGUUUGUUUU